UAAAGCGUAAUCAGGAAACAGUAUAAUAGUUACUGAAUAGAGACACAGAAAAAAAGAUGAAGUUCCAGCUACUAAUGAUUUUCUCUCUCCUUGGUCUGGGGUCAGCCUGGAACCAACCCAGCACCUGCUACGUGAGACAAUCUAUUUGCUCGAGCGACUCGGAGAUCAGAGGGAUAAGAGAAACUUUGGUGUCCAUACAAGAAACACUGAAGAGCUCUUUGACAUCAAUUAGUGCUUCACUGCAACAACUGGCAGCUCAAGACACAACUACUAACCCUCCAACAGAAUCAGCUACAACUACCGACCCUCCAACAGAACCAGCCACAACAACCGACCCUCCAACAGAACCAGCUACAACUACCGACCCUCCAACAGAACCAGCCACAACAACCGACCCUCCAACAGAACCAGCUACAACUACCGACCCUCCAACAGAACCAGCUACAACUACCGACCCUCCAACAGAACCAGCUACAACUACCGACCCUCCAACAGAACCAGCUACAACUACUGAGAUGUAUCUCUCAAUUGGAACAUUUGAAUAUCCAGCUAUCUCUUGCAAUGACAUCCCUCAAGACAGACCAUCUGGAGAAUAUUGGAUUGCGACUAACACUACUAGCUUUCCUAUUCAGGUCUACUGUGACAUGAAUCGAACAAGCUGUAGCUGCAACACUGCAGGAGGAUGGAUGAGGGUAGCCAACCUUGACAUGACUGACCCCAACCAAAACUGCCCAAAUGGAUUCAUACUGGUGAACAGAACAACACCACCACUGCGUACUUGUGGCAGACCUGGACCAAUUGGAUGUGCGUCUACUACCUAUCCAACUUAUGGAGUGGAGUACUCUCGAGUUUGUGGGAGAGUGAUUGGCUAUCAAGACAGAAUACCCAAUGGUUUUAUACCGUAUAUAAAAUAUAAUUCUCUUCUUGACGAUAUUUAUGUUGAUGGUGUGAGUUUAACCCACGGACAGGCACCACGUCAGCACAUCUGGACAUUUGUUAAUGCAGUCGAUGAAUCUCGCGGAGGUAACCAUGUGUGUUUCUGCACAAGACCUGAUCUCACUUACACUGGAGUUGUACCCCCCUAUGUCGGUCAAGACUACUUCUGUGAAACUGGUAGCCGACAAAAAGCUACUGGUCUCUUCUACGCUGAUGAUCCACUCUGGGACGGUCAGGGAUGUGCAAGUGGCAGUACUUGCUGUGAGUUCAAUAACCCACCGUGGUUCUGCAAGCAACUCCCUCAGCCGACUACAGACGAUAUUGAGAUCAGGCUCUGUGGCGAUCAGGACACUGGAAAUGAAGACUCGCCUCUGGAGCUAGUGGAUAUCUACAUUCGCUGAUUUAUAUAUGUAUUAACAUUAAACGUUAAGCAUUAAAAAAUAAUAGUUGCCUGAUUUACUUUAGUGGUGCAUUCACUGACAUUUAGAUGUAGAUAAUUUUAGUGUGUGCAUGCAUGAAUAUUUAAAUACAUGUACAGUUUUAUUUGUCAAUCAGUGAUUUUCAAUUUCAUUAUUAAGGCGUUACAGCACAUAA